UUGUUUAAAGCGCCCGCCAUUAUCAAACAUCUCUCUCUCUCUCUCUCUCUUUCUUCUCCUCUUAACCAAAAUCACUCCGAUGUGAAUUAAAAAAAAAAAGCAAGAUUCCGUUUAACUCAAACCACCUUCGUCACGCUCUUCCUUCUCUCCGACCACCAACAUGUCACCGUCUUCGCGGAACUUCAACUUCUUCUCCUUCCUCGUCAUCUCUCUCUUCUCCUACGUUUCUUCAGACGAUCUCCAACUCUUACUCAAACUCAAAUCAUCAUUCUCCGAUUCGAACCUCGCCGUCUUCGAUUCCUGGAAACUCAACUCCGUUACCGCUCCGUGUCGCUUCACCGGAGUAACCUGUAAUUCAAACGGCAACGUUUCAGAGAUUGAUCUCUCUCGUCGAGGCUUAUCCGGAAACUUUCCGUUCGAUUCCGUCUGCGAGAUUCAUAGCCUCGAGAAGCUCUCACUCGGAUUCAACUCACUAUCCGGAGUCAUCCCCCCGAGUGAUUUCAAAAACUGCCAGAAUCUCAAGUACUUGGAUCUCGGGAACAAUCUGUUCUCCGGUGCUUUCCCUGAGUUCUCGUCUUUAAAUCAGUUACAGUUUCUUUAUCUAAACAACAGCGCCUUCUCCGGCGAGUUCCCGUGGAGAUCGCUACGAAACGCGACGAGUCUCGUCGUUUUGAGCAUCGGUGACAAUCCCUUCGAUACGACGUCGGAGUUUCCCGUGGAGAUUGUUUCUCUCACCAAACUCUCGUCGCUCUACUUGCCGAACUGCAGCAUCGCCGGGAAAAUCCCGCCGGCGAUCGGGGAUUUGACGGAGCUUCGGAAUUUGGAGAUUUCCGAUAGCGAAUUAACCGGCGAGAUUCCGCCGGAGAUCACGAAGCUUAUUAAUCUCCGGCAGUUAGAGCUUUACAACAACUCCUUAACCGGAAAACUCCCUACCGGUUUAGGAAACUUGAAGAACCUGACUCGCUUAGAUGCUUCCACGAAUCUUCUACACGGCGAUUUAUCGGAGCUCAGGUCUUUGACUAAUCUCGUUUCUCUUCAGAUGUUCGAAAACGAAUUCUCCGGUGAGAUUCCUCCCGAGUUCGGCGAGUUCAAGGAUCUUGUGAACCUCUCUCUCUAUACAAACAAGUUAACCGGUUCUUUACCUCAAGGACUCGGUUCGCUUUCUGAUUUUGAUUUCAUCGACGCGUCUGAGAAUUAUCUAACCGGACUGAUCCCUCCUGAUAUGUGCAAGAACGGGAAGAUGAAAGCUCUGCUUCUUCUGCAGAACAAUCUCACUGGCUCUAUCCCUGACUCGUACGCUAACUGUUUGACUCUGCAACGGUUCAGAGUUAGCGAAAACUCCCUCAACGGAACUGUUCCUGCGGGGCUUUGGGGUUUACCGAAGCUUGAGAUCAUCGACAUAGCCAUGAACAACUUCGAAGGUCCGAUCACUGCUGAUAUAAAGAACGGUAAAAUGCUUGGAGCGUUGUAUCUAGGGUUCAACAAGUUGUCUGAUGAGCUACCUGAAGAGAUUGGUGACACGGUAUCUCUAACCAAGGUUGAGCUUAACAACAAUCUCUUCUCCGGGAAGAUUCCAAACUCAAUUGGGAAACUCAAGGGACUUAGCAGUCUCAAGAUGCAGAGCAAUAGCUUCUCCGGUGAGAUACCUGACUCUAUCGGAUCAUGUUCGAUGCUCAGCGAUAUGAACAUGGCUCAAAACUCGUUAUCAGGAGAAAUCCCGCACACACUUGGAUCUCUUCCAACGCUCAACGCUUUGAAUCUUUCGGACAAUAAGCUCUCUGGGAUGAUCCCUGAGAGUUUGUCGUCUCUAAGGCUUAGCCUUCUUGAUCUGUCUAACAACAGAUUAUCAGGUCGUAUCCCUCAGAGUUUGUCCUCAUAUAAGGGAAGCUUCAACCGCAAUCCUGGACUAUGCAGCAUGACGAUCGAAUCGUUUAACCGGUGCAUAAGUCCUUCCACAUCGCAUGGAGACACUCGCGUAUUCGUGCUGUGUAUAGUUUUCGGCUCACUGAUCUUGCUUGCGUCUCUUGUGUUUUUCUUGUACCUUAAGAAAAGCGAGAAGAAGGAAGGUCGUUCGCUUAAACACGAAUCUUGGAGUAUAAAGUCUUUCCGAAGGAUGAGUUUCACCGAAGAUGAUAUCAUUGAUUCGAUCAAAGAAGAGAAUUUGAUCGGUAGAGGAGGUUGCGGUGAUGUGUACAGAGUAGUACUUGGUGAUGGUAAAGAAGUUGCGGUCAAACACAUACGGUGUAGUAGUAGUACUCAGAAAAAUUUCAGCAGUGCUAUGCCGAUUCUCACUGAACGGGAAGGAAGAUCGAAAGAGUUUGAAACAGAGGUGCAAACGUUAAGCUCUAUACGGCACUUAAACGUGGUGAAACUCUAUUGUAGCAUUACGAGCGAUGACUCGAGCUUGCUGGUGUAUGAGUACUUACCUAAUGGGAGCUUAUGGGACAUGCUUCACUCUUGCAAGAAGUCGAACCUCGGUUGGGAAACACGGUAUGAUAUUGCUCUUGGUGCAGCGAAAGGGCUUGAGUACUUGCAUCAUGGGUAUGAGAAACCGGUGAUUCACCGUGACGUUAAGUCAAGUAACAUAUUGCUAGAUGAGUUCUUGAAACCUAGGAUAGCAGAUUUCGGUCUUGCCAAGAUUCUUCAGGCCAGCAAUGGCGGUCCAGAUUCCACCCAUGUCGUUGCGGGAACCUAUGGCUACAUAGCUCCAGAGUAUGGAUACGCGUCAAAAGUGACUGAGAAAUGCGAUGUGUAUAGCUUCGGGGUAGUGUUAAUGGAGCUGGUCACAGGGAAAAAACCGAUAGAGGCAGAGUAUGGAGAGAGCAAAGACAUAGUGAACUGGGUGAGUAACAAUCUAAAGAGCAAAGAGAGUGUGAUGGAGAUUGUGGACAAGAAGUUAGGAGAAAUGUAUAAAGAAGACGCGAUCAAGUUGCUAAGGAUAGCGAUCCUCUGUACCGCUAGACUGCCUGGACAAAGACCGACGAUGAGGAGCGUGGUUCAGAUGAUAGAGGAUGCUGAACCGUGCAGGUUGAUGGGGAUUGUUAUAAGCAAAGAGAGUGAUGUCAAGAUCAAAGAAAUAAGUUGAUGAUUGAGGGACCAAAAUUCUCUCUUUUUUAGGGUUUGUUUUGGUAACAAAGAAACGUUAUUACGACGACGUAAAGAGUUUAGAUGGAGAAUGUGAUUCCAGUACUCCAGGUUAAUGAAGAAAUCAUAGGUAAUGUAAUGAUCUGAUGUAAACUAUGUCUUGUAAUUGUAGAAUUUUGGUAUUAAGGUUUUCAAAUUAGUUAAUGAAUGUCAGUAUGUCAGUCAAAAACUAUUAUGUGAAAUUGAUGGUGUUUACAAUAGAUGCACUAUACUUUGCUAAAA